GAGAGAUAGAAGCUAUAUAUAUACAUAUACAUAUAUAUACAUAAUCUCGCCGGAAAAUUUAUAUCUAUAUUAUUUUACGUAUCAAACUUCGUAAAAACGAUAGAGGAGGGUCGUGAGAGGUCUAGUAAUACUCCCCAAUAAAUUCCAGACCGAUUCGUAGUCACCGGAGCAUCCUAGAGCUCGCCGGAGUUACAAGUCGUGGAAGCGGGUCUUCAGCAAAAACGGAUAUUUUGCCGUAGAUAGGGGUGGUGGAGCUUCGUCUUGCCGUCAGGAUCAUUUUGCAACUUGAAUCUUUGAAAUCCGUUACCUAAGGAGAAUUCAAGUGAAGACCAAGCUAGAGAUUUUAUUAAGAGGAUUAUCGCAAUUUAAGGCACUUGCUCAGCUCACCAGGGACCCUUCUCCAUGUCCCGAAGGCUGAUAAUCCAGGGCUACUUCUGGCCUACGAUGGCCCGGGAUUGUGCGGACCUUGCCCGGAGGUGUCCCGCAUGCCAACACUUCCAGAAAGCCCCCGGCAGGCCAGCGGUCAACUAUGCCCCCAUCAGCACAUCAAUACCCUUCGCGCGAUGGGGCAUAGACCUUGUGGGCCCUCUGCCAAGGGGUACCUCCAACAACAGGUACAUCAUUGUCACCAUCGAUUACUUCACCAAAUGGGUGGAGGCUGAGCCCCUCGCCAGCAUUACUGAGGCCAGGUGUCGGCACUUUGUUCUCAAGAACAUCCUCACCAGAUUUGGCGUCCCUCAGCAAAUCAUCUCCGACAAUGGAACUCAGUUUGAGGCAGCCCCCUUCUGUGCCCUCCUAGAGGCAUGGGGCAUCAAACACACCUUCUCAUCCGUUGCCUACCCUCAGGGCAACGGACAGGUGGAGAACGCCAACAGAACAUUGCUCGAGGGCCUCAAGAAGAAGCUGGAGGCCGAAGGGGGUGGUUGGGUAGAAGAGCUCCACAACAUCUUAUGGGCCUAUCGUACCACCCCUCGGCGGGCAACUGGCGAGACACCCUUCUCCCUUUGCUACGGAUUUGAAGCCAAAGCCCCCACUGAAGUAACUCUCCCAACCCGAAGGGUCACACAGUAUGAUCCGGAGGCCAACGACACCAACAUGGCCCUCGAUCUCCACCUUAUUUCGGAAUGACGGGAGCAAGCCUUCAUACGCGCGGAGAACUACCGAAGGCAGGUGAAGAGCUACAUCGACGCCAAGGUUCGCUCCCGGGAAUUCCAAGUGGGGGACUAUGUUCUCCGAAGAAGGGAAGCUAGCCAACCAACCGAGGGCGGAAAGAUGGCACCAAAAUUCGAAGGCCCCUACAUCGUGGCAGCCAUCAUCAAACCAGGAACUUACAAACUAAAACGCCAUAAUGGGACCGAAGUCCCUAGGCACUGGAAUGUACAUCACUUAGUUAAAUUUUAUCAAUAGCAUCAGAGCGGCCAAGCCCUCAUAACUAGUGAAUAUAUUAUUUUACGGCCCAAGGCCUAAAGAAUUCUGAAGAAUGAAGGCAUUUUGAA